CUUCAAUUUUGAAUCCCAACCCAAAAUCCCAAAUUGUAAACCUAAACCCUAACCCUAAAUCGUAAAUCCUUUGAAUUUAAGUAAAUUCUGAAUGAUUUUUUUUCCAAAUUCAUGUGCUUCUUGUUCAUAAUAUCAUAAGCAACAAUUGAUACCGUUUUGACAUGAAUCGCAUGCUCAGAAUGACAAUAACGAGGCGGGUGCACCCAAAAAAGUUCGAUACCUUAAGACUAGUUUUUGAGUUGGAUGCAUUGAACGCACUCAUUUUUGUGGGUGCACCGAAGUAGUCACCAUAUAUAUAUAUAUUUGAAAUGUUAGUGUCCAUAUAUAUUUUAUUUUUUUAGAAUCUAUAUAUUUUAGAAUCCAUUACAAGAGUGAGAAAUUCUCGUUUUUUUUUUUUUUUUUGACUAAACGAGGGAGUUGACCUUCACGCGACACGUGUGCAAAGCAAGAAAAUCAUUCAUGAGGGGGUGGUGUGCACAUUGCGACACAUACACAUCAUCAUAUCCCAUCAUUACCUCCCUCACUGCUCCCAAACACACAUUGAUAUACUAUACAUACAGACAAACCAAACUAAUAACAAACUACCAGACUCGAUAUUAAAAUAAUAAAUAAAAAUUAGUCGCAAACACUCCCUUCCCCUCCCAAGCCAAGAGAAGAGCCCAAUCCAAUCCUUGAAGAACAAAUAAACAUCUUUCUCCCACCCUUUUUCCGCUGCUUCCUCUUUCUCAGAUUAGAUCCCAUUCUUUCUCCAACAAAAUCCAAAUUUCCCUCUCUGUUUCUUCGCUGCAACAUUCGAUCACUUUCCAAGUCAUUCCAUAAGCGAUUUUGUUUGUUUUUGCCGUCUCUUCCUGCAUCUGGUUCUGUCAAAAUUAUUUCGGGGGCCAAUGGAGAAGAAGGUGGUGGUGACGGUGGUCUGCGUGGCGGCGGUGGCCGGCGCGGUGGCUGCCGGUGUGGUUCUGCGGAAGAAGAUGAACAAGGACGGAAAGUGGGGGCGGGCGAUGGAGAUUGUCAAGGAGCUGGAGGAGAAAUGCGGGACGCCAACUGCCAAGCUCAAGCAGGUCGCCGAUGCCAUGGUCGUCGAGAUGCAUGCUGGUCUUGCAUCUCAAGGUGGCAGCAAGCUCAAGAUGCUUAUCAGCUACGUUGACAAUUUGCCCACCGGUCAUGAGUCUGGGCUGUACUAUGCUUUGGAUCUUGGUGGAACGAAUUUCCGAGUGCUACGGGUGCAUUUAGGAGGCCUAAACGGUGGAAUUGUUAAUCAAGAGUUUGCCGAGGUGCCAAUCCCUCCUGAAUUGAUGACUGGGGCGGCAGAUGCGCUCUUCGACUAUAUCGCGGCAGAGCUCGCGAAAUUUGUUGCUCAAGAAGGUCAAGAGCACGAGCUUCCACCGGGGAGGAAGAGAGAGUUGGGGUUCACCUUCUCAUUCCCUGUCAACCAAACUUCCAUUGCUUCUGGGACUCUGGUUCGGUGGACAAAGGGAUUUUCCAUUGAUGAAUUGGUUGGUCAAGAUGUUGUGACAGAGUUAAGCAGAGCCAUGAAGAGGCAGAACCUGGAAAUGCAUGUCUCUGCUCUGGUGAAUGAUACAGUUGGAACUCUAGCUGGAGGCAGAUACACCAACAAGGAUGUUGCUGCUGCUGUUAUCUUGGGCACAGGAACAAAUGCUGCUUACGUGGAGCGGGCACAAGCUAUACCAAAAUGGCAUGGUGCUCUACCUAAAUCAGGCGAAAUGGUUAUCAAUAUGGAAUGGGGCAAUUUUAAGUCAUCUCAUCUUCCUUUAACCGAGUUUGAUAAUUCACUGGAUGGUGACAGCUUGAACCCUGGUGAACAGAUUUUUGAGAAGUUAAUUUCCGGUAUGUACUUGGGGGAAAUCGUACGCCGUGCGCUCUUAAAGAUGGCUGAAGAAGCUUCCUUUUUCGGUGAAACUGUGCCAUCUAAACUCAAAGUUCCCUUUAUACUGAGAACGCCUGACAUGUCAGCAAUGCACCAUGACACAUCCUCGGAUCUUAAAGUAGUAGCUAGUAAAUUGAAAGACAUUCUAGAGAUAACGAGCACGUCGCUGAAAACAAGGAAGGUGAUUGUUGAAGUGUGCAACAUCAUCGCCACACGUGGUUCCCGGCUCGCUGCUGCUGGGGUCGUAGCUAUCCUGAGGAAGAUGGGGAAGGACGUAGCCAAAGAAGGCGAAGUGCAGCAGAAGACUGUGAUUGCCAUGGAUGGUGGAUUGUACGAGCACUACAACGAGUACAGCAAGUGCUUGGAGAACACCCUCACAGAGUUGCUUGGGGAGGAAGUUUCCAAAACCGUAGAGGUUAUUCAUGCCAACGAUGGUUCAGGGAUUGGUGCUGCCCUUCUCGCUGCCUCACAUUCUCAGUACCUUUGACCGCCGGCAUAACUAAUCGCCGUCGCCUCCUUACUUCCUCUCCUCCUUCACUGCAGAUGCCUUCCACUAAUUCGACCCGUUGGAAUCUGUGGAAGAAUCAUUUUUUUUUCUUUUCUUUUACCUUUUACUUGGUUGGUUUUAGCCUUAGGAGAUUGGUUAUACUGUGAAUAUUUUUUUACAGCAAAGCCUUGGGGGUAGCUGAGGAGCGCUCAAUUCUUCCGCUUUUCAGGCGGCUACUGCUGCUGCAUUAUUACCCUCUGGUAAUAAUUCCUGCUUUGAUUCGAAUUCGCCAAUUUGCUUUUGGCGAAAAUAAGAAAGAGAGAACACAGAGGCUUAAUUAAGUUUGAAUAAUAAUAUUUAAUUUUGCCA